UCUAUUUCAUCAUGACAGGCUCAGUAAUUGUGCGGGUUCUUGAAGAAGGAAGCGACAACCCACGAACGGUGGUCUAUCUCAACAGAGGAGAGACAUUUGGGGAGUUAGGUUUGGUGAAUCGAGAGCGGAGGAAAUCCACAGUCAUAAGCAGAGACAAAGUCGAGCUGCUGUGCAUUGCCGAUGCUGAUUACACAAGAAUUUUCAUGGCUGGCGGGCUUCAAACGCUUCUGGACCCCAACCAAAGUGACUUUGUUCGAAAUCUGAAAUUUCUUGAGGGAUGGCCGAUACAUCUUCUCGCUGAAAAUCCAAAGAAAUGUGUCUUUUCAUAUUUCAAGAGAGGAGACGUUUUGGUGAAGAACAGCAAGAAAUCAGACUGGAUUCUUAUGGUGAAAUCGGGAAGUUGCUCAGUAAUGAAGCUCUUGCACAAGAAGAAAACGAAGGAGCAGAAAAAGAGGAAAGAGAGUAAAACAGGGGCUCCGGACUUAACCACGGAGGGGAAGCGCCUAUCAAUCCGCGAAGGCACCCUGGAAAACUACCAACAGCGCAAAACCAGAGAUGAGUUAGAACAUUUUCUUAAAGAUCUGAAUAUUCACGAGGAAGAACCGGAUAAUCACGAACAUCCAAGUGCGUCAAACGUCACCGCACAAAACGAAGCGAAAGAACAGGUUGCACAAAUUAACAGUGAAGAAACAAACAAUGACGUCAAGAGAGUCUACGGGAGGCGUCCAGAUCGGCCCGUGUUUCCAUCACAGCACUUAAAUGUUCAUUUAUCAAGGCUUCCAUCGUACGUGGCUACAUCAGGCCAACGAGUGAUCAAUGAGAAUCAACAGACACAAGAUUCCCAACAAGAGAAAAGACAUCCAGAGCAAGUGGGACAAAGAAAGACAGUGGCAACCGAAAUUGUUGACGAAAUCGUAACGAAAGAGGAUGACGGCUUUGAACAAAUAUGGGUCAGAGUUCAAACACUGACCAAGGGGUCAUACUUUGGACUCUCCGAUAUGCUUUUCGAUGCUCAGCCAAGUUUCUCCGUAGUAAGUAAUGGAGCAGAAUGUAUCCUUAUGUCCAAGAAGUUCUAUCGGGAACAUGCAACUCCCAAGAUGCUGACACGGUUACGGAGAGAGGAGCAGAGCUACCCUGACGAUCAGGAACUGCAGAGAAAGUUAGAAAACAAAUUACAGUGGGAGUCGUUUAAAAAGACGCAUCUGUUCACAUCGCUAAAACAAAGCAAGAAACGAAUCAAUCUGCAACGAUGACAAUGUCCAGGACGCGAAAUAACAGGAAGGGGUUUUGGUCGAAAGGACCGACUAAAUCAAAUUGAAAAUCGAAUUGGAUUCAGCACUGUCGACAUAUAGCUUAGCGUUACUACCAUUUGGGGGCACUUUGUACUUAUUUAGCAUUUGGGAUAUAUGUUAAUUUUAAGUGAUGCAGAACUGAUGCGUGAAAGGAUAGUUUUAUGAAUAACUACUCUCAAACGAAGUUAUAAAGGAAAACUUAUCAUCAACUGCAUCAACUUGUUUUGUUUGCGAGUUGAGCUCAAAAUAAAGUUUCAUUC